GAAUGUUUCUGCUAAUGUUCAUCCUCAAACGACCAACACCCAACAAGAUUACGAACUUCGAAGUCGGCGAAUCCGUGAACCAUUGACAACUCGGAGGCAGUACUCGAUAUGGGUUCCAAAAGAAAGUUCUCCGAAUUUCAUGCCGAAACCUCGGGGAAUGGAGGGACUCGCGACCACAACGCCGGAUCCCAUGCGCCCAAGAGAUCUAAUACCAAAAAGAAGGCUAAGAUGAACCCGAAUAACAUCAAUUGGGUGAAGAAACGAGCGCGAACGAUCGAGAGGAGAUUAAAGACAGGUCAAAACAUGCCUGCAAAUAUUCAGAAUGAUUUGGAAAGAGAGCUAGCCCAUCAUCAACAGAAGAUUGAAGAUGCUGCUGACGAGAAGAAGAGGAAGGCCAUGAUCAAGAAGUAUCAUAUGGUCCGCUUCUUUGAAAGAAAGAAAGCGGACCGACUCGUGAAGAAGAUCAAAUCCCAGCUCGAGACAGCCACGGACGAGAAAGAGAUCGAGACGUUGAAGGCAGAUCUACACAGAGCAGAAAUCGACAGUAUCUACGCCAGAUAUUUCCCAUACAGAGAGCGUUAUGUUAGCCUGUAUCCGGUGACGGCGCAAGGAGAAGAGAAGAAAGAAGAUACCAGCUCCGCAGCGCAGGCGCUACGCAACGAACGACCACCACUAUGGAAAGCAAUAGAGGAAGCGUCAGCAAAGGGCGUCCGAGAACUUAUCAUUCUCAGGGAACGGAAGCUUGGUGGGGAUUUAAGGAGGAAGGCUUCCGCCAAGCAAGAUGCGAAGGACUCCGAGACUGCAAAAACUAGUCAUACCAAGACGAAGAACUCUACCACUUCCGAAACUACGAGUACCCAAGGCAGAGGCAAAACGAAGCACAACGAGAAACCCGAACCUUCGGAUGCGAGUGAUAGCGAAGGGGGUUUCUUCGAGGAGGACUGAGAGAGGUCUCAACAUGAGACGAACAUUCAUGAUACCCAAUUAUUACGAGAUGACAAUUAGCUUAGCUUCAUUUAUUGAGAGGCAUGCUAUUACUAUCAGAUUCCUAGUCUAAUGUGUUUCCAAAACGAUACUUAUGAAACUUAUGAGACUAGUAAAGCCAUCUGAGUGCCAUUGGACUUUUUGCUUGGAGGAAUAAGUUAAACGGGAUUAUGACAUUAUCACAUAUAAAUGGCGUGGUUUCCCAGCUAA